CUAUUGUUAUUCAUUCAACAUCGAAAAAAAUGUGGUGACUAAGUUCUCUUUAAUUAAUUGCAUUUAUAUCAUCUAAAAGACAAAUUGAUAAUAUAAAAAUUCUUUUGUGUAGUCAGAGCAGUAGUCAUUUUCGGUUAUGAACACAUAACGCAACAACAUUAUCAAUAUUUGUAUUUCAGUUAUGAUGAAAGAAGAAAGACAUCAUAACAACAUAUUCAGGAAAUAUGGAGUUUUCAUAGGCAAUCUCGAAAUUCUAUUGGAUUAUGAAGGAAUUAUAUAAAAUAAAUAAUCACAAAGAUAUAAUAGACAUAACAUGAGCUUUUUUCUGUGUGGAAAAUGUAGGUCUACAGAGGAAAAGAUUGUUGAAUUAGACUACUCAAGGUGUGGUCUUUCUGAUGUGCCAUUUGAUGUAUAUUCCAGUUCCCGUACCUUAGAGGUACUACAUCUAGAAGGGAACAAACUCAGGGACCUCUCCCCCCAGUUAUUUCAAUGUAUAGAUCUUAAGUAUUUAAAUGUUAGUGACAACGAAAUUAAUUCCUUACCACCCUUGAUAUCAAAAUUGACCAGUUUACAAGUGUUAGUAUUAAGUAAAAAUGCAUUGGUGCUAGACAGUUUAUCACCAAAUUUGGAUAAACUGAGCAAAUUAACUACGCUUGAUCUUAGUAUGAAUGAUUUAGGCAAAGUGCCAGAAACUGUGAUGAACCUUAUAAAUUUACAACAGUUAUGUUUGAAUGAUACUGGAAUAGAUUAUAUACCAGCUAAUAUAGGCCGUUUGUCCAAUUUAAGAAUUUUAGAGUUACGAGAUAAUUAUGUUGAAGAGUUGCCAAAAUCUAUAAGAAGACUGACUAAUUUGCAAAGACUGGAUGUGAGCGAUAAUAAUUUAAAUGUUUUUGAGGAAAUAGGAGAAACUCAUGGCAAUAUUACAGAGUUAUGGUUAAAUGGGAAUAAUUUAGAAAAACUACCUAUCACAGUUAGUCACUUGAAAAAACUAAAUGAUUUUGAUGCUUCUUACAAUUGCUUAAAAACAGUACCCAAGGAGCUCGGACAGUGUAUGAAACUUACCAAUCUAAUUCUAAGUUUCAACAACAUUGAAUCUUUACCAAAAUCAAUUGGUAAUUUGAGAAACUUACAAGUAUUAAAACUAGAAGCUAAUUGUCUAGAAGAACUACCAGAUUCUUUAAGUAAACUACUUAAUUUAGAAGAACUCAAUGUACAAAAUAACGCAUUAAUGAACAUCCCAUCUGGUAUUGGGCAUUUGCGUAAAUUGGGAACACUUAUAUUAUCAAACAACAAACUCUCAUAUCUACCAUCAGAAGUUGGUAGUUGCUUGAAUUUAUCUAUUUUAAAUGUUCAUCAUAAUCUUCUUUCGAAACUUCCGGAUGAAAUUGGUCAUUUGCACAAAUUAACAACCCUAGGACUCAUUGGUAACAGAUUGAGUUAUUUACCAAUUACAAUUUCAAAAUUAUCCAACUUACGAGCCCUAUGGCUCACUCCAAAUCAAACUCAACCUCUCAUUCACCUUCAAAAUGAUCAUUUGGAAACAGGGCAGGUUGUUCUCACCUCAAUUCUUUUUCCUCAAGUACCUUAUUCAUCUAAUGAAGAAGAAGAAAUAUCGGUACCACAGGUUCCAGUUGUUAUUACUCCACAACCAGGCAAAAUCAGUUUUAGUGCUGAUAUUGGACCUACAGAAGCAAGAUUAAGCAGAACUCCAACUCCAUAUCGUAAAGAAUUAAGAAGAUUGAGGCACAAUUUGAGUGGACCUGGUGUUACCCAAAUAAGGGAGGCUAAAGUUACAAAUAUUGCUUCCGAUUUUGUUCCGCAAGAGCAGUAUGUCCAUACCCAUCAUCAUAAUAAUGUUAAAGAAAGUACGCAAUUUGUUACUCCAAAACAACCACCUCCUUACUACGUGGCAGCAGCUUACUCUAAAAAUGCCCAUUUAUUCAAUGAUGUAAUUCCUGUCCUCAAAGACGGAAAACCACCUCCAAGUCCCUUGGAAAAGCCGAAAAAGUUCAGUCAACAACCUGCCAAUGUGAAUUUAUUGAAGCCACAACCUAGAACUGGGCCUUCUUGGCCCUUUGGAACUCACAAAAUUCGUUUUGUAACUGAAGUGGAACUGGAUGACAAUUUUCGAGAUGAUUUUCGGAUCCUUUCCAAAGAAGACGGAGUAUAUGUAGAUUUUGUUAAGUUGAAUGGAAGUGCCUUUAACAAAUUACAAGUCGGAGACAAGAUUUUAGGCUUUGACGACAUUGAUAUUUCAGUAUUAGAUCCAGAUUCCGCAUAUCAGCAAGCUUUAAAAGUAAUUAAUAACGCUAGAAUAGUGACUGUGUCCAGGCAAUUACAAAAUAAUGACAAUUAAGAAUUAUUUAGGCCUUUUUAUACAUAUUUAUAUUUGAGAUUUGUAUCAUUGUUUAAUAAAGCAUUUAUUACUA